AGUGACCAAGACAAAAAAAGUGAUGUUAGCCGCAUGGAGCACAACGAUACCAUGAAGCAGAAUGCAGUAAUAAUCUGGUAGUGUUAUCUAACAUAAGGCUACUCCCACUAAGGUGUGCUAGAGCGUUGACUUGAGUAAAAUUUAACCAAAUGAAUAGGCUUUGUUUCUUGCUGUGUAAUUAGCGAUAGAUGAAUACAACUCGGGUCGUGCGCGUUUGGUACAGGUUGAACAAGGUAAACUAAGCUAUAUUUUUGCGCAUUUCUCAUCUACAACGACUGACGAAUAGCGGAAUAUUAUUUGCCUAUCUAUGAAAACACUUGCAGGCAAUUAAAUAGUUACAUGAAAUGAAACAAAGCCAGGAUGAAUAACCCUGGGUAUUGUGGCGACCUGGACAGCACCUGCGACACGGAUACGGUGGAAAUCACCGGCGUUACACUGGAUUGUUCAUGCACCGACGACUCACCGCCGAUACAUCUCGACUCUGUCACAGGGCAUAAUACCCCUGAGGGGGGUGAGAGGGCGGCAAACGGUGCGCCUAAGACGGUGGACUUGCCGGACGAGCCUGCGCCGGGGGUGGGCACGUACGAGGACUUCAACACCAUCGACUGGGUGCGCGAGAAAUGCAAGGACCGGGACCGGCAUAGAGAGAUUGCCGGUAGAAGGAAGGAGUCGAUCUGUGCGUGGAUCAUAAGCAUCAGUGAUGCCUUCUCUGGCUGGCUGGUCGUGCUGCUUGUUGGAUUGAUGUCAGGUGCGCUGGCCGGUGGCAUCGACAUCUCGGCGCACUGGAUGACGGACCUGAAGGAGGGCGUGUGUCUGGAUGGGUUCUGGUUCAACCAGGAGCACUGCUGCUGGGCCUCCAACGAGACUACCUUCCAGGAGCGUGACCGCUGCCCGCAGUGGAAGAGCUGGGCCGAGCUCAUCACCGGAACCGCCGCGGGGCCCUUUGCCUACAUUGUGAACUACCUGGUGUAUGUGUGCUGGGCGCUGCUCUUCUCCUUCCUGGCUGUGUCACUGGUCAGAUCCUUCGCCCCCUACGCCUGUGCGUCUGGAAUCCCAGAGAUCAAAACCAUUUUGAGCGGAUUCAUCAUCCGCGGCUACCUGGGCAAGUGGACCUUGGUGAUUAAGACCAUCACCCUGGUGCUGGCCGUGUCAUCCGGGCUCAGCCUGGGCAAGGAGGGCCCCCUGGUGCAUGUGGCCUGCUGCUGCGGCAACAUCCUCUGCCACCUCUUCACCAAAUAUCGCACAAACGAGGCAAAGCGUCGAGAGGUUCUGUCUGCGGCGGCCGCAGCGGGGGUGUCCGUGGCGUUUGGCGCGCCGAUCGGGGGGGUGUUAUUCAGUCUGGAGGAGGUGAGCUACUACUUCCCGCUGAAGACGCUGUGGCGCUCCUUUUUCGCCGCCCUGGUGGCCGCCUUCACGCUGCGCUCCAUCAACCCCUUCGGGAACAGCCGGCUGGUGCUGUUCUACGUGGAGUUCCACAGCCCCUGGCACCUGCUGGAGCUGGUGCCCUUCAUCCUGCUGGGCAUCUUCGGGGGCAUCUGGGGGGCCCUCUUCACCCGCGCCAACAUCGCCUGGUGCCGGCGGCGCAAGACCACGCGGCUGGGCCGCUACCCGGUGCUGGAGGUGCUGCUGGUGACCGUGGUGACAGCGGUGCUGGCCUUCCCCAAUCAGUUCACCCGCAUGAGCACCAGCAGGCUGAUCUCGGAGCUCUUCAACGACUGCAGCCGGCUGGACGCGUCCAAGCUCUGCGACUUCGGCAACGCCACGGGCGAGCCGUCCUCCGGCGCCCUGGGGGACCGGCCGGCCAGCAGGAGCCUGUCCAUGGCCAUGCUGGAGCUCUGCCUGGCCCUCCUCUUCAAGAUACUCAUGACCAUCAUCACCUUCGGCAUGAAGGUGCCCUCUGGUCUGUUCAUUCCCAGUAUGGCGGUCGGGGCGAUAGCAGGGAGGUUGCUGGGGGUUGCCAUGGAGCAGCUGGCGUAUUACCAUCAUGAUUGGGCGCUGUUCCGGGGCUGGUGCAGCCCGGGCGCCAACUGCAUCACCCCGGGGCUCUACGCCAUGGUGGGCGCGGCCGCCUGUCUGGGGGGAGUGACGCGGAUGACUGUGUCGCUGGUGGUCAUCAUGUUCGAGCUGACGGGGGGCCUGGAGUACAUCGUGCCGCUGAUGGCGGCGGCCAUGACCAGCAAGUGGGUGGCGGACGCGCUGGAGCGCGAGGGGAUCUACGUGGCGCACAUCCGGCUCAACGGCUACCCCUUCCUGGAGGCCAAGGGCGAGUUCAGCCACAAGACGCUGGCCAUGGGCGUGAUGCGGCCGCGGCGUGGGGAACCGCCCCUCUCCGUGCUGACGCAGGACGGCGUUACCGUUGGCGACGCCGAGGCGCUGAUCGCUAGCACCUCCUACAGCGGCUUCCCCGUCAUCACGUCCCCCGAAUCCCAGAGGCUGGUGGGCUUCGUCCUGCGCCGCGACCUGGUCAUCUCCAUCGAGAAUGCACGGAAGCGACAGGAAGGUGUCGGGAGCGCCUCGAAAAUCUUCUUCACAGAGUACACCCCCCCGCCAUUGCCCGACAGCUCCGCCCCCCUCAAACUGCGGGGUAUCAUGGACCUCAGCCCCUUCACGGUGACGGACCUCACCGCCAUGGACAUCGUGGUGGACAUCUUCCGCAAACUGGGCCUGAGGCAAUGUCUGGUCACUCACAACGGGCGCCUGCUGGGGAUCAUCACCAAGAAAGACAUUCUGAAGCACAUGGCGCAGAUGGCCGAUCAGGACCCUGACUCCAUUCUCUUUAACUGAAAUCUACCUCGUAGAACAUUCCACAUGGGAAGGCCAUAUCUCUGCACCCCUCAGGUAGUCCACUGGCCAGCAGCAUUGCACUCUUCACUGUACAUUACCAGAGUUACCUGGGGUGUAUUCACUGUACUCCUGCCUGUAAAGAACAUCGUCCCUCUGGACAUUUUGAGGAGAAACCUCGGGUUUGAGGUGGUUUAGAUGUCAGCUGGACCUGUCGUCGUGCUCUGAGCAUUUGAAACGAGCCAAGGUUUUGGCAAAGGAAACAUUGUGUCUUUCUACAAACACUGAAACCCUCAAAAGCUGGGUUUUAAAAUGCAAAUGUCUGAACUGUGAGGCGUGGAGCGGCAAAUCCCCUUUUCUGCUGCAUAAAAAUGACUUCUCCGGGAACUCAUGAAAGUCAGCAUUUCUGGAAGGGAUGAAAGUAUUGACUCCUCUUUAUUAAUUCCAGAUGUUCUACUGGGGAGUCAUACUGUGAGAUUUAUUGUGACACAGUGCAGAUAAAUCAUGGGAUGAUAAUCUAAAUGCAAAUCUAAAACAAUGAACACUCGCUAAAUAACUUAGAUAAAUGUCUCGGAAUAGAAUUUCCAUGCUUUUGAACAUAAUUUCAAAAUGUUUCCCAUCGUUAAUAUCAUUUUUAUCUUGAUAUUGCUUCUUUAGCAGUAGAAGUAGGGGCAUGCAAUCCCAACAGGUGUCCUAAUUGGGAGAUUAGGCCUCUCCUGUUUAUUUCAGUAAUGGGUACAGUAGUUGUUCUGGCAGACUCUACAAACAACACAUGGAGUCAAUGUAUGGCCGGGAUGUUCUGAACAACCCAGAAAUGCACCUUUCUAGUUCUGUCGCAGGGGUGCAGAACAAGGGCCGAUACGUUUCGGGAUUCAGUGCCAACACCUGGUCUUAAUUCAUUAGCUCAAUCAUAUCUUAAUCUGACAUUUUUAUAAGCACCAGGUACAGCCACAGACUGCAACUGUAUCCUAGAUUUUAUUGUGCUCAAGAACAGGAGUGAUCCAGUGUAGUUUAUAGAGCUGUCAGAAAACUAAACCUAAGGUCAUUGGUAGGAAUGAAAACCAGUACGCAGAUUGUCCCUCCAGGACCAGAGUUGUGCACCCCUGAUCUAAGGUCUCAACAGCUAUAUCAGUGGUAACCGACCUGAAGAUCCUGGAGAUCAACCAUGCUGUGUGUUUUCAUUUCAACCCUAAUUUGACUGAACUACACUGUCAAAAAGCGCACUGUAACCACUUACUGUCGCCACAAGGUGCCAGUGCAGCUCACCCGAUGAUUUAUCCCCAGAACACCUGGUGUGGUGACUUCAGUUGAACCAUGGGGAGUUUGGCUGGGGGGAGGGGGUUACCACUGUGGUUAUGAAGCUGGUUUUCUGUACCCAGGAAGCUGCAGGUUUGAAUCCCAGGCAGGUUUGAAUCCCUGUGUCUCCACAUUAAGAUAUCUUGGGAUCCAACGGCUAUGCAAUGAGGUCAUUCAGUAGAGAGAGCCAACACACCCCCGCGCCCUUCACCGCCCUGCCCUUCUCACUGUUUGACAUGCUGUUUAGGAGGCUCUCUGAUUGGCUCCAGUGCUCUUUUUCCCAGAAUUCCUCUUGGCUCAGGCUGGGAGGUCGAGAGGCCCAUUGUUCUGAGGUCAGCGCUGGCCUGGUAACAGGGCUUUGGCUGCGUCAGAAAGCAAAUUAAAAACCGCGGGAGGUUCUUUUUCAGGGGGGUAAUACUUUCAAGCUCUUUCCUGGGGAUGCGCGUUUGCGUGAUUGUUCUCAACUACACUCUGUGACAACAAUCACAGCACAGGAAGAGGAGUCCUGUAUCGCACAGUAAAAUCAGGAGAAAGGGUCAGGUCUACAUCAUCUUGCACUUCAGUCUUCCAUAUUUGCAUUUCUCCACAAACUCAACGAGUUGUAGCCAGCAUGUCUGUGCAUUUGUGUGUUGACUGUGUCUGAGAGAGUAUGUGCUGUCUGUAAGUGCAAGUGUGUUGUGCACGGUGAUGUAUUGAGUGUGUUUGCAUUGCGCGUGGCAGGAAGUGGGCCUUUUGUUUCAGGAAGUGCCUUGGGCUCUGGACCCACCCAGUACACCUUGAGGACACGUCUGGAGAUCCACAGACCCGUUCCGGACACCCCCUGCACUCACAGGCCCAUAACGGACACCAGUGGAGCUGUGCCUUACGGAGGAUCUCACGCAGUCAGUUUUCACCAGGAUUUUAGAGUGAGCGCAGCUGCAUCCCAUUGGCUCACACUGUUACAGUAUGGAAAAAAACAACGCCUUUUACAUGUGGCAUCCUGGUUAUCAGAAACAUCUCUGAAGACUCUGAAAUGACUCAGUGUAGUGAUUAUUUUAUGUCUGACGCUAGCCUGAUGACCGUCGGUAUGCACUUAUUGUAUGUUGCUUUGGAUACAAGCGUCUGCCAAAUAAAUGUAAUGUAAUGUAAAUGAGUGAAUCAUACCGGAUAGGAGUAUUUCGCUCUCUCGUGGGUCCCUGGAAGAUUGGGGUCCCUCACAGCCACCAGUAAACCAUUAAAUCAACUCACUCGAUCCAGAAACUUCUAAACACUCACCCCGGCACUCAAGUCGCAUUCAUUAGUUAACAGUCUUUUUAUUGUUUCAAAUGACAAAAGAAUUAUUCUUAUUUUAAGAAAAUUUUUAAAAAAGUAAUUGCACUUUCAAGACAAAUAACACUGAGAAAACAUAAAAUACAUUCUACAAAAAAGGAUGUAAAAAAAUUAUCUAUAUACACAGCCGUUUAGUGUUUGAAAAUUGGUGUGCAGUCGUACAUAUACAAAACGUAGCAAAAUCAGAGAUUGGCUCAGGAAUAUAGUACAUUACAUUUUCAGUAAAAAAAAAAAACAACUGAAGUUGGUUUUUCUGUACUUUACCUUAAUGGACAACAACAACCCUCACGUCUUGUCUUCACACAUCUUUUCUAAAUCUAAACUUAUUAAGAUUUAGAAUACAAAAUAUCAAACCUACCACAGUAUUUCCAUUCUUUACACUUUUUACACAAAACUAAAAAAGAUUUGGACGUUCAGAACCCUGACCUCGUCAGCUCAUGGGGAAGGGAGGGAACCUAAUCAAUCUGGGCUCGAGGGGUUCCUUGGGAAAUAAAAUGAGGCAUGUCUGGUAUUCUUUUUUUUUUUAUUCCAGCAACAUGGACCAGACAGUCACGAUAACUCAGAUCCGCAGCCGAGGGUACUGGACAAAAGCGCUAUUGUGAUUAAACUGAACACGCCCCCCUGGCCAGGGUGAGGCAUGCAUCGCAUUGUGCAGCAUUUCCUUCAGCCUGCGCAGUUCUCUGCUUCCUGCUUCACUCUGAGACGGGGCCGCAGGAGAAAAGGGGCUCUGCCUAACUGUACUGCUCAUAUUCUCUUGGACUGUUCACACACAGACUUCACCCUAAGAUUUCCUCAGCAGGAAACCAGGAAAUGAGUAACAAGGAAGAAGGAGACUUCUAACCCUGCACCCCCCCCAACAAACUAAACAGCCCCCAUAUUCUCUAGUAUGAAGAAGAAA